CACGUGAGCUCACGACCUCUUGGCUCAUUUCGAUUCCCGUGAGGCCAGGCCGCUGCGAUCUACUGAGCCCCCAGCGACAGCAACAAACCCAAAUAAGGCUGCUUCUGCCGCCGCAGGCCCACGCGACGCCGACACCAUGAUGCGAUCAUCGGCCUUCCCGCCGAGGCGGCCGUCGCACCUCGUGCGCUACAUCAUCCCCUCGGUCAUUGUCAUCUAUUUCCUGUACUACAUGGGCUCGUCCUCGCCCAGUGCCCCCGUAUCGUACGUCACGGGCACGAGCAGCAGCAGCUCUGGCUCUACCUAUCCCGACACGAACCACGGCCCGGCGCACAACGUCCCGCCAAAGGGCGCCUCCGUCGAGCACAACCCGGCCUACGAGCACAAGAACGAGGAGCAGGACCACCGACCCGAUUAUGGCGCGAGCACGGAGCCCCUGCCCAAGCCGCCCGUCCACGCGAGCCCGGACUCGACCGGGCACACGCACCCGAUCGACGCCCUGAUCAAGAGCGCGCAGCAGGACUUUGACGCCAUGAUGGCCAAGGAGGCCUCGUCCCUCAAGGAGGCCGCCUCUGCGUACCGCGCGCGCCGCGGCCGGCACCCGCCGCCGGGCUUCAAGGCGUGGUACGAGUUCGCCAAGGAGAAGAAGAGCGUCAUGGUCGAGGACUUUUUCGACCAGAUCUACCACGACCUGGGCCCCUUCUGGGGCGUCGACCCCAAGGUGAUCCGCAAGGAGUCGUGGGACUUCGAGAUGACCAUCAACAUCCGCAACGGCAAGGCGACCGCCGGCAGUGACUGGUUCUGGACGCAGAUCUGGCUCAAGCUGAUCCAGACUGUCGAGCACGAGCUUCCCGACAUGGACCUGGCCCUCAAUGCCAUGGACGAGCCGCGCCUGGUUGUGCCGUGGGAGGACAUCGAAAAGUACAUGGAGCGCGAGAAGAAGGGCCGCAAGCUGAUCCCGACCAAGGACGUUCUGGACGUGAUGGUCGAGCUGCCCCCUGUCAAGGAGAUGGAGACCAAGACCGGCACGCGGGACAAGAAGUGGGAGAACACGAGCCCUUACUGGGAUAUCGCCCGCCGCGGCUGCCCUCCUGACAGCCCUGCUCGCAAGAAGCCCCUCCUCGAGACCUUUGACAAGACGCCUGUCGUUGAGCCGACCUGGGCCACGCCUCACCAGUACCAGGGCUACGUCUCCAACUUUUCGCUCUCGACGGAAUUCUGCCACCAGCCCGACCUGCAGGGUCUGGAGGGCAUCUUCAUCCACCCCCUGUCCACGUCGGCCACCAAGACGCUCUUCCCCAUGUUUGGCGGCAGCAAGCUUGCGACCAACAACGAGAUCCUGCUGCCCGCGCCCAUGUACUGGAACGAGGAGGAGCGGUUCACCGGCGGCAACGACCACGGCCCGGCGUGGGCCGACAAGAAGUGCGACGUGGUGUGGCGCGGCGUGGGCACGGGAGGCAAGAACACCGAGACGACGUGGAAGGGCUUCCAGCGGCACCGAUUCGUGUCGAUGAACAACGGCACGAGCCUGACACGGGCGGCCGAGGGGCUAGAGAAGCCCGUCAACUUUGCGCUGCCGGCCGCCAACUACGACCUGAUGGCCGUCAAGGAGAAGCGGCUGGGCGAGUGGGUGUCGCAGUUCUCGGACGUCGGCCUGACGGACCUCAUGUGCGACGACGCGGUGCCGCACGAGGGCGUGACGUGCCCGUACACGGACCCUUACUUCUCCAUCAACCCGGGCAAGACGAUGCGCGAGCAGUUCGACUGCAAGUUCCUGCCCGACAUUGACGGCAACUCGUUCUCGGGCCGGUACCUGGGGUUCCUGCGCAGCACGAGCCUGCCGAUCAAGUCAACGCUGUGGCGCGAGUGGCACGACAGCCGGCUCGUCGCGUGGAAGCACUUUGUGCCGAUGGACAACCGGUUCGGCGACUUUUACGGUAUCAUGGAGUACUUCCUGGGCUACGGGCAGACGGUGCCGGGCCACGACGCCGCCGCCCAGAAGAUUGCCAUGGAGGGCAAGGAGUGGGCGGAGAAGGUGCUGCGCAAGGAGGAUAUGCAGGUGUACGUGCUGCGCCUGCUGCUCGAGUUUGCGCGCGUGUCGGAUCCCAGGAGGGAGAGGAUGGGCUGGGUGGACGAUUUGUAAGGGAAAGGGCAGAUGACAAUAAUGUCUUGUCGGGUGAGAUUUUUGUGGUUGCCUUCGUUGCCCUGGUAUACGGCUAGGAUGUGUCUUUCCUGUUGCAAAAGCGAAUAAUUC